UUGUGUUGUUAUUCGGUUGCUGCCACAACAUUAACCGUCCCUUCUGUUUUAAUCUGUGGUUUUGUGACACAACUGGUUGUGACACUGGCAGUGAUGGAUUAAUCUCCACACACCCACAGCAGAGGCAGCUGGUGGAUAAAUACAGGUAACGUUGUAGGACAGCAGAUCACUAUCUAACAGAUGGUUCACCAGGAUCACUGUCAGAAGAAUAAACAUGGCAGACUACGUCAAUGAACCAACCGAUCAGCAGAGGAAGAGUCCAGAGAGGAGAGGAUGCUGUCACUCAGGUGAAUCAAAAAUCUUCUUGGUGGUUGGAGUCAGCUUCGGCCUGCUGUGCAUCGUACAGGCAGCUCUCAAUAUUUCUCUUCGGCUCCAAGGAACUGGGUCUGACCACAUCAACUCUACCAACAUCACCAUGAUGUCACCUGCUGAAAUCAGCAACCUGCUUCGAGAUAGAGACCUGCUGAUAAGGGAAAACACAAUGUUGUAUGCCAAUGAGAAAUGGUUAGAGAGGCGCCUCAGCGAACAGCGAAAUCAGAUCGACGAGCUUCAGGCUGAAAUAAAAAGACUCUCUGAGAUGGGAUCCCAACACAGUCAUUGUCCCCGAGGGUGGGAGUUCCACAUGUCCAGCUGUUACCGCCUUUCCACUGAGCUAAAGAACUGGAGAGAUGCCAAAGAGGACUGUGGGAGAAAUGGAGCUGAUCUUGUGGUUUUAAAUGAUGAAUCGGAAGCGGAAAUUCUUCUUAAGUUUGGAAGUGCUGUCAUGUGGAUCGGCCUGAGGGCUGGACGCUGGGCUCAGGAUAUGUGGAGGUGGGAGGAUGGACGCUUGCUGACUUUAGAAGAUCAGAUGAAGUUCAGCUGGCGCCGGACGUUAGAGAGGGCGAGGCAGGCAGAGCCAACGCUUCAGAGUGGCAGGUAGGUCAUACGUGCUAUAUAACGGGUUAGGUGAUAUAUUCAAAACUCAUGCUGAGCU